AUGGGGCUGCAAACUCCCACGACAAAUAGGACGCCUCUAUCGGUUGCAAGUCAACAGCAUGCAAAGGGAAGCCAAUUUCAAUGCCAAACACCCACAAGUGCAUCAUUGCAAACUCCAACAGCUACCAGAACGCCCCAAACACCAGAUUCUGAGGAUGGUAAUGGCAGCAAGGUCGGAACUGUGCAGACUCCAACAGCAACCAGAACACCUCAAACACCAAGUUUGCAGAAUGGCAGUGGAAUCAAGUUGAAUCCAAAAAACAGUUUUCAACAGGCCACACCCAACGCGAUGGGAUUAGUGCUGACUCCAACAGCGACCAGGACACCUCAAACACCAGGUUUACAGGAGGGCGGUAGUGGUACCAAGAUAAAUCCAACAACAACGGCCCAUUCUGAUUCGCCCACAACCUCGGGAUCAGUCCUCACUCCAUCAGCGACCAGGACGCCUCAAACUCCUUGUUCACUUGGAAACAAGUUGAACCCAACCGAUACAGCGCAUUCAGCAACCAGAGCACCUACUACAUCUGUAACUCGCAUCGCCGUCACCCCAAGAUCCGUUCGCAAUAGCAUCUUGACGACAUCCGGGAGCAGCAAAAAGACGACAUUGACAAAACCAGAUUCCCAAAAGAUUGAUCUAAAAGGCUUGUACAAUCGCGCCUAUCAAGUACGCUGGGUGCAACUGCGGGCAAAUCGACGUCGACGAAUUCAAGCGGCACGUGAGAUUCAAUACUGGUGGGUUCACACUACUAAUAAUAACGAAAGCAGCAAAGGCAGUAGGGACACUGACAAUCAUAAUGACGACAAUCUUCAGAACGAUGAGAGAGUACAGAAUGAGAUUGUAGCUGCACCUGCAGAAGAUUGCAUGGUUUCCAUUGUGGAAUCUACCAGUGAUGGCUUGAGCCUUGCCCAGGCCAAGGAGCCGGAAAACGAAGUUCUCAAGCAGGAAUCCAACGAGAGCGCUCGUCAGCCCUUGUUUUCUACCUUUUGGUGGGGGUUCCUGUUGCUCGUAUUGGUAAUGGUCGUCAGCUUGGUGGCUAUGGCGGUUGUGUUUUUGACGGAAGAUGAUUUGAUCAGGAUGUUGCAGGUAUCCAGAAACCACAGCGAGGGUGGUCCCGCUACGGGUGGUUCUUGUGAAGUUGGGGUUUGCCAGGCAGAAUUUUAUUAA